GUGAGUGUGACUGUGAGAAUCAUGGCGUCUUACAGUAAGCUGACAGAUCUUUUCCUCAUUCAGGGCCAGCUAGACUGUGAUUUAGAGGAAACGACGAGUCAAGAAGAGAAGGAAAAACUCGUACAUGAAUAUUUGCUCAAAAUAGACGAGAGGGAGGAUUUGAUUGUACCGGAUUUUGAAGAAGGACUGGAAUGGUUAAACACAGACGGUCCGCUGUCACUCAGGAAGGAACUAUCAGGGAAAGUGGUGCUGCUUGACUUCUUCACCUACUGCUGCAUAAACUGCAUCCACAUACUUCCUGAUCUACAUCAGCUGGAGAAGAAUUACUCCAUACAAGAUGGUCUGAUUGUCGUGGGUGUUCACUCGGCGAAAUUCCCCAAUGAGAAAGUCCUGCAGAACGUACAGAGUGCGGUGUUGAGAUACGACAUCAGCCAUCCUGUAGUGAACGACAGCGAUGCCCGUCUGUGGCAGGAGCUGGAGGUGUCCUGCUGGCCCACACUGGUGCUGCUGGGACCCAGAGGAAACUUGCUUUUCUCCCUGGUUGGUGAAGGGCAUAGAGAACAUCUCUUCCUUUUCACUGCUGCGGCUCUGAAACACUAUAGGGAACAAGGGCUCCUCAAGGACCAUAAUGUGGGAAUCAAACUGUACAGGGACUCGCUACCUCCCUCCAUCCUUUCUUUUCCUGGAAAAAUAGCCAUAGACCCCAGCGGCAAGCAGUUGGCUAUUGCAGACACAGGACACCACAGGGUACUGGUGGUCUCCAAUACUGGGCAGGUGCUGCACACUGUAGGAGGUCCCUCAAGUGGGAAACGAGAUGGAAAUUUGUCCGAGGCUCAGUUCAGCUCCCCACAAGGCCUGUUCAUAAAGGGAGACACAGUCUACGUGGCUGACACUGAAAACCACCUUGUUAGAAAGAUCAACCUUACGGAAGGAAAAGUCUCAACAUUAGCAGGCAUUGGCGUACAAGGCACUGAUAAAGAAGGCGGAGCAUUGGGACCACAACAGCCAAUCAGCUCUCCCUGGGAUGUUACCCUUGGCAGCGCAGGAGGUGAUGUAUUGUGGAUCGCCAUGGCAGGAACGCAUCAGAUCUGGGCUCUUUUCUUGGAGGACGGAAAGCUUCCCAAAGGGAGCGACAGCAAAGCAGGAACAUGUGUGCGCUUUGCGGGCAGUGGAAAUGAGGAGAACCGAAAUAACGCGUACCCUCAUAAAGCAGGUCUGGCACAGCCAUCAGGCUUGGCUCUUGCCCCGACAGAGCCCUGGGAGAGUCUCUUCAUUGCUGACAGUGAGAGCAGCACCAUUCGCAGCCUUUCACUGAAGGAUGGCGCAGUCAAACAUGUGGUGGGGGGAGAGAGAGACCCUCUGAACCUGUUUGCAUUUGGAGAUGUUGAUGGUAAAGGCAUCGAUGCUAAACUGCAGCAUCCAUUAGGGGUUUCCUGGGACGAGGGCAGAAGCCUUCUCUAUGUGGCCGAUUCUUACAAUCACAAGAUCAAAGUGGUGGAUCCAAAGACUAAGCAGUGCAUGGUGUUGGCAGGAACAGGGAAGGCUGGAAACGGGAUUGGCCCGAGCUUCCUAGAAUCCAGCUUCAACGAACCCGGAGGCCUGUGUGUUGGUGAGGGAGGAAAGCUGCUGUAUGUGGCAGACACCAACAACCAUCACAUCAAAGUCCUGGACCUAGAGACCAAAACUGUCUCUCUGUUUCCUAUUGUAGGGCAUCAAGAUGUUGAUGCGAUCCUCAAAACCACCACCAAUAACACAUCUGCGGUCAAAAAGCGCCCUAAGCUUCCCAAAUCAGCCCCUGUGCUUGCUAUGCCAUCAAUCAGCAUUUCUUCAGGGCAGUCAGUCACUCUUUUGCUGAAAUUGGCGCUACCAGCUGGGACCAAGCUGACAGAAGAAGCCCCUAGUUUCUGGAGCCUAUCUGCAGAAGGUAAUGAGUGGUUGCUGGAAGGCCGAGCAGUAACUGGGAGCAUUGAUGAUCUUUCUGAACCCAUCUCGAUCGUAUUGUCCAUCCCAGUGGCCCCUGUGUCCCCUGACCCGACGCUAACGCUCGACGCCUGGCUCUAUUUCUGCGUUUCUGAGGGUGGGGCUUGUAUGAUGAAGACAGUGUCCUUCAAACAGCCACUUCUGAUUAGUUCCACAUCUCAGGAAGGUUCUGUCGCUAUAACACUCAAGCAUGCCUUUUAAAACUGCCACGCAUAUUUAAAGCACAUAUAUAGAAGGGUCUGUUCGUGCCAAGAAUUAAACUUGUCAUCAUUUAUUCACACUUGUGUCAUUCUAUGCCCAUAUGAAAUUUGUUCAAUUAAGAACACAAAUUCAAAUGUUUUAAUGAGAGAUGAGAGAUUGCCGCCCUUCAUUUGAACAUCUAUUAAUCAACAAACUAUCCUGUUCCAGACGUCCUUUUAAAAAGGACUGUUUUUUCAGCAGACGAAAAAAAAUCCUGAUGCAGAAAAGAAGAUAUAGGCAAACUGUCAUAUUUACAGUUUUUUGUGUUCAAAAGUUUUCAUGAAGCUUUGUAUGAUUUCAUUUGAAUCCUGAAGUCACAUGGAAUGUUUGACAAUGUUUUCGGUUGAUUUUCUAGACUUUCAAUGUCUCAGGAUUGUUAUGUUAUAUAGAAGCUCAGAGAGCUCAAAUGAAUUAUGGUUCAUCCAAGUCUUGUAAAGAGACAAUUGUUUAUUUUAAGAUGAACAGAUUUCUGAUUUAGUCUUUUAUUCCCAAGUUGAUCAACGAACAAUGUUUACAGCAUUCAUAUCUGGUCACAGAAGCUCAAGCAUGCUCGCUUGAUGCAUGAGAACCAAUGAGGUUGAAUUUAUUAGGAUACAUUUUCCAUAUAGAAUGCAGGCGUGUAACUUAACCGAGAUCGGGUCAAACAAUAGACUAUCCUAUUCCAGACAUCCUUUUAGAAAAGCAUAUCUGCACUUUUAACUAGAUUUAUACAGUACUUGUCUCUGACUCUGCAUCAGCCUCCCCUGACUAAGAGCGCAAAGUCAUAAGUUGUAGAGGCUUUUCAUUACUCAUUCAUAUUUACCACAGUUAAUCUGUACUUAGGACCAUUUACGCAUGUUGCAUGAAUGGACCAGGGCUAUCUGCUUCAUGCAUUUCAUUCGUGAGUCUGUGCAUGCAGCAUGUGCAUAACGGCCCUUAGACAGAACAGGCAGGUUGUUCGAUGAGUGAUGCACUGGAUGUGUUGUUCUAUAGGACAAAUCUUCUCUUCUACAUCAGGUUCUCAGGUUGCACAUGUACUACAGGUAAUAAAAUGUACUACCAUUAGAUUAGAGGUCUGCACAGGACUGUUUUUUUCAGCAGUUAAAAAAAAUAGUUAAUAAAUAGGGGAGUGGUCCUACAGUGGGAUAGUGGGAACAGUCCUGCACAGACCUCUAAUCUAAUAGUAGUGCAUUGGAUUGCCUGUAAUAAAUGUGUAUAAAUAUUAAAUUAUAUUAAAUAAAAUAUUAAAUAUUUACAGUUUUUUGUGGACAAAAGUGUUCAUGAAGCUUCAUAUGACUACAUUUUAACCACAGAAGUCACAUAGAAUGUUUUGUCAAUGUUUGUGGUUCACUUUCUGGACUUUGAAUGUCUCCGGAUUGUUGUUUUACAUUGUUUGUUUUCAGCUCUCUGAUUCAAUCUAAAAUAUCUUAAUUUGUGUUCUGAAAAUGAACAAAGGUCUCAGGUAUUUGGAAAGACUUGAGGAUUAUUAAUUAUUAUUUUUAGGUGAAAUAACCCUUUAAUGAAUGUUUAAACCGUUUUCGGUUGAACAGACUUUCAAUGGAAGGGCAGAAUCUCUCUGAUAUCAGAUUAAGAAUAUCUUCAUUUGUCUUCUUAAGAUGAACAAAAAUCUUUAUGGGUUUGGAAAUCUUUAAUGGAAAAUUCCCCCACAUCACCCUCAUGUCAUUCCAAACAUGUUCAUGUUUAUUUCUAUUUAAUUUAUUUAUCUAAAAUAUGUAAAUGCCUUUUAAUGUAUCCAAAACUUUACAAAUAGAGAUCCAAUAGGGUUGUUUUUGGGCCCCACUGACUCAAACUUUUUUCCCCCACUGUUUUGCAUCCUGCAGAAGAAAGAGAUGAAUGACAUGAGUGUGAGUGAAGGAUUUUUAGGUGAAUAUCCCAUCAACACUCAAAUCACAUCCUGUGGCUAACACAUACUGUAGUAAUCAGACAAUUCACAUGCCCGUCAUCAUGCUAAUGAUGGAUCGCAAGUACUAAUUGUGGAGUCGAGAUCUGACUGUUACAGCUUGACAAAUAUUGAACAAAGUGCCUCAUUCUCAUCAGCAAUAUUUUUAUGCUCCUCAAGGGGUGUUUCACAUGAUUAAGCUUGUGUAAUGCCCUUGUUUAAUAGCCUGAUAUCUUUAUCAGCCAUCGCCAUUCACUCUCUCACAUGCUCUCGCGCAAUAAUAUAUGAAAUUAUGCAGUGUGGUUUCAAAAUGUAGCCCUUGUCAGCUGCUCCGACAGCCCUUCAUGGUUGGGUUGGCUGAUGUUGUUAUUAUUAUUACUACAUUUUUUUCCUUCACCAUAUGAUGCUGUAAGACGUUCUUGUAAAUGAUCAGUCAGACUUAAUGCUAUUUUUAUUGCCAUUAUUUAUUAUUGUUUACCGGGCAUAAGUGCCUUUUCGAUGAGCAAUACACUUUAUAUUAAUGACUUAUGUUUUGUAAAUCAAGCAGUGACAUUAAUUUCACUAUUCAGUCCUUUGUUGGAUGGAAUCAUGAGGCAUUUACAUCUGCAUAUUAAUGUUUUCUGAAAUGUUAUCCUCUCAGCCUGUUAUGCAUUAACAAUGUGUAUUUGUAAAGCUGGCUGAUAAAUCAUGUGCUUGCAGAUCGUGCGCUUGGAGAGUGUGAAUCAGACCAGGUUAUUGCAUAGAAAUGGCCGCUAAAAUACUGUCCUGUUUCUGUUUUUGCCUGCUUUUCCUGUGGCUGAUAAACUGAUUGAAUAAAAACACAAUUUAUCUCUCUCCCUUCUGAGGGCAGCUCUUUUCUACAGCCUCCAAAUUCUGCACUUUAACAGAUUAAUUGGAUGCAGUGGUCUAAUAAAGUUUAUUUUGCCAGCA